UGCCGCAGACCGCGGGAGAGCGUCUGCGCGAAGCCCCAGCGCAGCCCCGGCGGGACCGCCGCCGCCGCGCGAACGCGAGCAACAGCUUCCCGGCUGGAGGAGCCACUGCCCCACGCGCCGGCGGCCCGCGAGCCGAGAUGUUCUGCAUUUCAACCUCAUCAGAGAUUAAAUUGAUGUUUAUGGGCUAAUCUGGACAGCUUAAAACAGUUUGUUUCACUACAUCUGUAAGAAAAUAUGUUCAAAUUCCCACUGGCUGACUUAUAAAGAGGCUUUUGGAAUACAACCCAAUGUAUGAAGUAUUCCUUAAGCCCUGACAACUACCCUGAAGAUGGAAUUAUGAAUAUGGCAACUUUUCUACGGGGCUUUGAAGAUAAGGGAAUAAAGAACGACAGACCUGAGGACCAGCUGAGUAAAGAGAAAAAGAAAAUUCUGUUCUCCUUCUGUGAGGUGUGCAACAUCCAGCUAAACUCUGCAGCCCAGGCCCAAGUCCAUUACAAUGGCAAAUCUCACCGCAAACGAGUCAAGCAGCUGAGUGAUGGACAGCCUCCGCCCCCAGCCCAGGGGUCCGGGCCACCACUGGCCAGCCCCAGCACUUACACCAGCACAGGCAGUACAUGCCACUCUACUACCCUUCCUGCUCUUGUGCGCACACCUACCCUGAUGAUGCAGCCUUCACUGGAUAUCAAACCAUUUAUGUCUUUUCCAGUAGACAGUAAUUCUGCUGCUGUUGGGCUGUUUCCAAAUUUUAACACAAAAAGAAGAGGCUUAUUUGGGACCAAUAAAUUCUGCCAGAUGGAUCCUGUGCAAAAAGCAGUCAUUAACCACACAUUUGGAGUGUCCAUUCCCCCAAAGAAGAAACAAGUUAUUUCUUGUAAUGUCUGUCAGCUUCGCUUUAACUCGGAUAGCCAGGCCGAGGCCCACUACAAAGGAAGUAAACAUGCCAAGAAGGUCAAAGCACUAGAGGCAACGAAAAAUAAACCCAAAAUGGUUUCUUCCAAGGACAGCGCAAAGGCUAAUCCCAGCUGCUCCAUCACUCCAAUCACAGGCAACAACUCUGACAAAUCAGAAGAUAAAGGGAAGUUGAAAGUCAGCAGUUCCAGUCAGGCAUCAAGCUCUGAAGGUGGCUCAUUUCUCCUCAAACCUGGUACAACACCCCUGCCACCCGGAGCAGCCACUUCUCCCUCCAAGAGCACAAACGGAGCUCCUGGUACUGUUUCUGAAUCAGAAGAAGAAAAAGCCAAAAAAUUACUUUAUUGUUCACUAUGCAAAGUGGCUGUGAACUCCCUGUCACAGCUAGAGGCACACAACACAGGAUCUAAACACAAGACCAUGGUUGAAGCUCGUAAUGGGGCUGGUCCAAUUAAGUCCUAUCCUAGACCUGGAUCAAGAUUAAAGAUGCAGAAUGGCAGUAAGGGGUCAGGACUACAGAACAAGACAUUUCAUUGUGAAAUCUGUGAUGUUCACGUUAAUUCAGAAAUUCAGCUCAAACAGCACAUUUCUAGCAGAAGGCAUAAGGAUCGAGUUGCAGGGAAACCACUGAAGCCGAAGUACAGCCCUUACAAUAAACUCCAGCGGAGCCCAAGCAUUUUAGCAUGCCCAGGGGCAAGGACCACCAGAAAAGAGUUGAAAUGGAAACAAAUCAAAGAAAAGGCAAAACUUGCAUUCCAGAAGGAUAUGAUGAAGCCUUUGGCCCCGGCCUUCCUGUCCUCGCCCCUGGCAGCGGCGGCGGCAGUGUCCUCCGCGCUGUCACUGCCACCCCGGCCGUCGGCCUCGCUCUUCCAGGCUCCAGCCAUCCCUCCUGCUCUGCUGAGGCCCGGCCACGGCCCCAUCCGCGCCACUCCCGCCUCCAUCCUCUUCGCCCCGUACUAAUGUCUGCAAGCCCCCAGACGGUUGAUGCCAGUAGGAAAGUAGAGCAGGAAAGCCAAAAGGAUUCAGCAGUUUGAACAUUUGGUGUUGCAGUGACCCACCCAACUGCAAAAUGCAGGGUACCACCUGAGCCCCAACUCCAAAGAGUCAUGCUCCCAUGCCCCCGUUUCUAAGCUGAUAUCAACAGGACUGGAAUGUUUGUCAUAUCAGGGGCAAGAGGUAUAAGACAGCAAAAUAGAGUGAACUCUUUUAGAGCAUCUAUAUCUGCAGUCUGUAAAUGGUAAAAUGUCUGUGUAUUUUUUUAAAUGUACCUUUUCAAUAAAAGUACAAAAAAUAAAAA